AUGGUCAAGAAAAACCAGAAUCCGCAUCGCAUCAAUUAUCAGGAAGGCAUCAUCAAUGACUGCUUGCUACAGGUCAGGAACAGCAGUGAAUCCGAUGAACCUAAUCUAAAAGCUGUUUGGACAGUGAGUAUACGCGCUAAAGACAGUCAACAAUUUAUUAAAUUUAUACGCGAAGUUGUUCAAGAUUAUGACCCCAUUGCCUUUCAGCAUAUCAAAAGGAUCAAGAAGGGUGAGCAAUCGGGAUUUUUAAGUGUUAUUGUGUGUUCAAAACUGCUCGCCGAGCAACAAGAUGACUUUCUUGAACUCAUGAAGCAAUCUACUUUUGACUUCUUCGAUGUGAGCGACAAAUUUGAAGUACCUUCAACCGCACCAUCCACGAAAGAGCUCAGCUUGGAGUGGUCCGAACUGUAUUGGCCACUUGUAUGGCGCGGCAAUCCUAACGAUCAGAUCAUGAACGAUUACGUUUUUGACAUGCCAUUUAUAAAAAAAAUGCUGGAUGCCAUAAGCACAGAGGCAGCUGAGCAAGCAAAGAGCAGUUCAAACCAUCCUGUUGUGUCAGCAUUUGUGAAUCCCAAAACCAAAAAAGUCAUAUUUAGCACUGAUUCCCGCUGCAGUUCCUCGCCUCUAGAGCAUAGCAUAAUGCAAGGGAUUCGCUCUGUCGCAGCUUCGGAACACAAACGCCAAUUGAUUGAGGACAAACAAACAGAAGAUGAGACCUACCUGUGUCUUAACUUCGACGUCUACACGACGCAUGAGCCGUGUUCCAUGUGUUGUAUGGCUCUUAUACAUUCCCGCAUCAAAAGAUGCAUCUUUCUGCAACCCAUGCGCCAGACAGGUGCUUUAGAGAGUCAAAGUGGCGACGGAUACUGUAUGCAUAACAAUCAUGCUUUGAAUUCCAAAUAUGAAGCAUUCAGAUGGAUAGGGCCAGAAUAUCCAGUACCGAAAAUCGCAAGUGGUAUAUGCUGCUAG